AUGCAUUUAACAUAUUUAAAAAUAUUAUUUUUCUCUUUAUUUUUAGAUACAUUUAUAUCUUCACACACGAACAUUCCUAGAACUAAUAAUGCUCCUCCCAAAAAUGUUGCUAUAAAUAUAUCACCUGUAGGACCAAUUCCAGAUGUAAUAACACUAGAUUAUAUAAAAGAAAAUCUUGAAGAAAUUCAACUAAUUAAAGAUAUAAUAAUCAGAGAAAAAUUAAAAAAACUAAAAUUAUUAAAAAAAAAAUGUAAAAAAAAUAAAAAAGAUAAAGAAAUAAAAAAAGAAAUUGAAAUUUUAGAAAGAGAAAUAAUGGAUACAAGAAAAUUAUGUAAUCACUAUAUAAAAGAUGAAAUUAAAGAAAUUAAAUCAAUAAAAGAUCAAAUCAUAAAGGAAAAAAUAGAAAAUGAUAGAUGGAAAAAAGAUUUAUUAAUUGAUUAUGAAUUGAAAAGACUUAUGUUCAAACCAGAUAUUACACGAUUAAAUAAAUUAUAUGAAGAAUAUCUAAAGGAAGAAUUAAGAAUUGCAAAAUUGAAAGAUAAUAUAUUUAAAAUAUACCAAUUUAUUUUAUAUUUAAUACCUAAUACAAUAUACUAUACUAUUAAAUUUAUAAAUAAUAUUCCAGAAGUAGAGUUAUCACUUCCAAUGUUUUUUAAAAUAAAAAAAAGGAAAAGUAAAUCAUUUUUAGAACUAUGGAAUUCUUUAUACGAAAUAUUGGAAGAAAAAGUUCAUAAGUAUCAAAUUGGAGGAUAUGUAUUUGGAUUUGGUUUAUUAGCAGGCAUAGGAAAAUCUAUACACUCAAUUGUUGCAACACCUGCUGUCUGCAUUAAAUAUGCAACUUUGGUUGUUAAUUAUUCUACCUUUAAAACUAAAUGUGCCAGUAUUCUUGCGGCAUCAUGUAAUGCUCUUUCAACAUCUACAAAAUCCAUGAUUUGCCAUGAAAAAUUACAAAUGAUGAAUAUUGCCUGCACUACAGCAACAGCUUCUCCAGAUCCUGCCACAAAAGUAGUAGCUAUAAUAAUAAUUGUUAUACUUGUUAUAAUACUCUUAGUAUUUUUAUAUUACUUAAUUAAAAAAUCAGGUAUUUUAGAAAAUGAACAUGUUCAAAAGGUAAUUGUUCCUAUUCAAACAUUUUUUAAUAAAUAUAUAACUAAAAAGAAAAAUUACUUUAAAGAUAUGUUAUAUUAUAUAAAACCAUUAAAAACAAAUACGCAAUAA